GCUCCGGAGUCUCCAUAAAAGUUAGUGCGCACAGAGCGGAGCUGUCAGACUGGGAAGAGACGCGGCGGAGCAAAGACUCGGAGCUCAAGUGAUCGAGACGGAUCCAGUACUUUGACAACUGAUUCAUUGUAACUGUGAGGUCUGAUCUGCUGGGUGUUGGUCACCCUAAAAAAAAAAAAAAAAAAAAAAAAAAGGGCGCACCGACAGGACGCAAUUAACGCUCAUUAUCAGCCCGAGUCUGAUCGGUUUCUGCUCGGACCGUCGGAAUUUAAAGAAGCAGGAGGUUCGGAUGCGGAAGACUUUCACUUCUGAUGGUGGAUGAGAUGCCAACAGAAGAAUAAUCGUGAUUUCUUCAGUGGAAGAGAGAAAAAACAAAGCCACCACUCCCGUUUUUCCCCAUCUUCGCCAGUCCAGGACGCAAAUGUCUCCACGGCACAGACUCGCCACUGGAUUGUAGCAGCAGAAGCCCCACAGAUGGUUUAAAAAGGGCGUUAAGGUGCGGGAAGGGAGUGGGACAAUUACAGGAUGAGUGAGCGAUACACGCAGAUCGGAAGCAAAGCAGCUCUACUUCUAAUGGCGCUCGUGAUCAGCGUCUGCGAGAUGUCCGAACCGACAGAAGGAACGACAGCAGCGCACCACGUCCGAACAGGCACCUGCGAGGUCGUGGCGUUGCACCGCUGCUGCAACAAGAACAAAAUCGAGGAGCGAUCGCAAACUGUGAAGUGCUCCUGCUUCCCUGGACAAGUGGCCGGAACCACCAGAGCGGCCCCGUCAUGUGUAGAUGCCUCAAUAGUGGAACAGAAGUGGUGGUGUCAGAUGCAUCCGUGCCUUGAUGGGGAGGAAUGCAAAGUUCUUCCUGAUCUGAAGGGCUGGAGCUGUGCUACGGGGAACAAGAUCAAAACUACUAAGAUUUCUGCUGACAGAGACCAGCUUUGGUAACGUCAGAUGCUUCACAGCGGAGUCCAGAUGAACCAGCAGCUCUGGACUAUCUGAUCUUAAAAGGAGAAGAAUAAUGCAAAGGACCUUUCUGUAAAUAGAGACUUCCUUUCUUCUGGACUGCAAUUAAUCUUUGGAAAUAACUCUGAAUGCUUCUUCCUGAACUCUAUGGACAUCAACAAGUGGAGUAGCGCUUCUCAUUGAAGGACUCGACGUAUGAUUAGCCUUACUGGACGACAGGAUUUAUUCUCUGACAUUACUUGUAGUGGAAUACAACAAUGACCUUUGCCUCAGUGUUAAUUUCUAGAGUAAUAUGUCCUUCAGGAGGGAUUCUGCAUCACAAGUUUUGUCCAGGGUGAGCGGCAGGUCAGUAUCUUGUGUAAGAAUUGCAAAUACUGAAACACAAAGUGUGACUUUUGUUUUAUCAGUCGGUUUGUGGCUUUCUUCUCUAACAAAGUGUAGUUUUCAAAAAGUUCAAAUACAGGUGAAAAUGUGCGGCCGAGCAGCAGGCAUUCAGAGUGAUUUUCAAAGGAAUACAGGAACAUUCAUCAUUAUCUGUGUAUUAGGUGUUCCAGUCAACCCAGAUACUGUUGAAAAAUCAAGGACUGCUUGCCUAAGCCGCUACUGAAAGCUGUAUAAACUGAUCAAACCUACCAGCUGUUAACAGACUGAAAAGUUGAAUCCAGCUAUGGUCUAUUUUUCCUCUGAAAAUCACUCUCAGCCACUUUCUGCCACUUCUGUCAGACUUUGUUUUUUUUGUAUUGCAGCUCUGGAGUUCAGAUUUUUUGACAAGAGCAGUGUAAAUUAAAAGCACAGCAUCUGGGCACCGGCUGGGUGAUGACAGCAUCGUUCCCAAAACUGUUUUUCAAACUAGUUACUCGAGUAUGAUUUGCUGAUCACCUCUCAGCAGGUAUCGCUGACACCUCCUUCGUCUGUGUAAGUGAUGACAUCAGUAAUAAACUAUGGUUGUGUGACUAAA